CUCCCUCCGUUCCGGAACUCUGUGAGUAAAAAGUAUAGUUAAAAAAUUCUUUUUGCUAAUAAUAGUAAGAAUAGUUGAUAUGAGUAUCUAUAUCGGGGCGAAUGAAAUAUUAUUUACAAAAUAGUAUAUUUUAUUAAAAUAAUUAAAUAAAUCAAAUUCAACCAAAAUUACAAUUGCUAACCAAACACUCAAUAGUACUACUAAUUACCACAAAACCUCUGUUAAGAUUCAGAGCCGACAAUUAUACAUGCCAUUACUUGUUCUCCUAUGUCUAUCUAUACACAGCAUUCCUCCUCCGCCGCCGCAUCUCCGCUGUACAGCGACACGUUCUCCGGCUGUGAUGCUUGAAUCUUCACUACUCGCUAAAUUUUCCAUUCUUUCGUUCGCGCUCGCCUGUACUGAUUCGAAAUUCGACGAUUGUUAAUUUUUGGUUUGUUUGCGAUAUUGAGCGGAUUAUGUUUUUUCGGCUGCUAUCAAUCGAUGUGAUGCAAGCACACGUUGGCGCGGUUGUGUCGGAAUGCGUGAUUUUCUCUGAAUCUGAUUGAUCCAAGUUUGGCGCUUUGCUUGUUGUCGCAGAGUGUGUUAUGCGUUUGCUUGCUGUAUGAUUCUCAGGUCAUUUGAAGUGAUAUCUUGCAAUAGGAAUGCAUUCUUGAUAGUUUGAUGAUUGUGGGACUGUAGAUUCAGAGUCAAAAGGAUGAAAGGAGGUAUUAAAGGGCUAAAAGUUUCACAGGUCUCUCUCAUCUUUAUUGGCUUAUUGUGCGCGACUUUAAUAGCAUUGGCGUCGACAAAGCCCACGUUUCUGGCGUCUUUAAUCCCAAGUCAGAGUCAGGUUCUGCAACUGUAUCGAGGUUCAAGACAAACUCCAAAGCAAGACAAUAGUUCAUCAUUACAAACAGGAGCACAACAAGUUCGAUCACCUUCUCCUUCACAAAUUGGGAGUGGAGACGAUGCAAACGCGACAACCACUGCCGAUAGAGAUACAAAUAUAUCAAACGAGCUUUCCGGAGGAACAAAUAAAUCAAAACAAGCCAAGAAUGUAUUGAUCGUAGAGUCCCCGGCAGAAAGGUCACAUUUAAAGAAAAAUUGUAAUUAUGCAAAGGGUAGAUGGGUCUUUGAUGAUAGCCGGCCUUUAUAUUCGGGCAGUGGUUGCGUCCAAUGGUUGUCGCCUAUGUGGGCCUGUCGUCGAACACAGCGCACUGAUUUUCAAUACGAAAGGCUACGUUGGCAGCCCAAAGAUUGCGAAAUGGAAGCAUUCUCAAGGUCCAAGUUCUUACAAAGAAUGCAAGACAAAACUUUGGCGUUCGUCGGCGACUCCCUGGGUCGGGAGCAGUUCCAGUCUCUCAUGUGUAUGGUGACGGGUGGCGAAGAAAGUCCCGAAGUUCUCAACGUCGGCUACGAGUACGGUCUCGUUAAAGCUCGCGGCGCUAAAAGGCCCGACGGAUGGGCGUAUCGGUUCCCGAACACGAACACGACGAUUCUCUACUACUGGUCCGCAACGCUCUCCGAUCUCGAGCCGCUGAAUGUAUCUGACCCAGCCACCGAUGUCGCCAUGCACCUCGACCGACCCCCGUCGUUCCUCCGCCGUUUCAUCGACAGAUUCGACGUUCUCGUCCUCAACACCGGGCACCAUUGGAAUAAGGGUAAGCUAGAGUCCAACAGAUGGGUCGUUCAUGUCGGGGGCGUUCCCGACGCCGAAGGGAAGAUAACAAUCGAAGCUGCGAAAAACAUCGCCGUCCGCAGCGUCAUCGGGUGGGUGAAUUCUCAGCUCCCGUCGUUCCCGGGACAUAAAGCGUUCUUACGAACGCUGUCCCCGCGACAUUUCUUCAACGGGGAUUGGAACACGGGUGGCACUUGCGAUAAUACCGUGCCUUUAACUUACGGUAGCGAAGUCGUGCGGGACGGUUCUAGCGAUCCCGUUCUCGCCGAGGCUGUGCGGGGAACUAACGUAACGCUUCUCGACAUUACGGCGAUGUCGCAGUUACGCGACGAGGGUCAUAUUUCCCGUUACCGUGUUCGUGGCGUCUCCGAGAUGCAAGAUUGCCUGCAUUGGUGCUUGCCCGGCAUUCCCGAUACGUGGAACGAGAUUUUGUCUGCGCAAAUUUAGUCGCGCUUUCCCGAGC